AUGAGCGACAAAAUCCCCUCGUGGAACAUUGUCCACAAACUGGAGAAGCGCCAGCUUCUCAUUGCAAUCAACUGCGUCGCUGCACUAUCCAUCCUCUUCUUCGGAUAUGACCAGGGUAUGAUGUCCGGCGUCAACAACGCCAAGGACUACAUCGACCUGAUGAAAUUCGGGUAUACGAAAGACGUGGACGGCGAGCUGACACCAGUGGUGACCAACUCCCUGCUACAGGGCGGUAUUGUCUCGGUGUAUUAUCUGGGGACGUUGUUCGGGGCUCUGUUGGGUGGUUGGUUGGGUGAUCGAAUGGGGAGAAUCAAGUCAAUUGCUGCAGGUGCAGUUUGGGCCAUAGUGGGUGCGAGUCUGCAGUGCUCGGCGCAGAACCAUAAUUGGAUGAUUUGCGCACGCUUCAUCAACGGUAUCGGCACUGGUAUUUUGAAUGCAAUUGUGCCUGUCUGGGCGACUGAAACUGCCGAGCAUACUUCGCGUGGACAAUUCAUUGCCAUCGAGUUUACUUUGAAUAUCUUCGGUGUUGUGCUGGCCUACUGGCUCGAGUUCGGCCUCUCCUUCAUCGACGGCGGUAAAUCCGCCUUCCGCUGGCGCUUCCCCAUCGCCUUCCAGAUUAUCUUCCUUCUAAUCCUGCUUGCCGCUGUCUGGUUCUUCCCCGAGUCCCCUCGCUGGCUAGUCAAGGUUGGCCGCGAACAGGAAGCACGAUACGUCCUGCAGCGUCUGCGUGGCAGCGGUCCGGAAGACCAGAUUCGCGCCGAGGCUGAGUUCCGGGAUAUCCAGAGCAUUGCUGAGAUGGAGAAGACGCUUGUCCACGGCAACUCUUACCUGUCCAUGCUGUUUGGCUGGAAGUCUGGUGACCUGCACAUUGGUCGGAGAGUGCAGUUGGUUAUCUGGCUGCAGAUUAUGCAGGAAUGGGUUGGUAUUGCUGGCGUGACUGUCUAUGCACCGACGAUCUUUAGUAUUGCUGGAUUUGACUCUACGAAGAGUCAGUGGAUCAGCGGGUUGAAUAAUAUUUUCUACAUGUUCGCCACGCUUGUCUGCGUGUUUACGUUGGAUCGUAUUGGACGACGCUGGACUUUGUACUGGGGCUCUGUCGUGCAGGGUAUCGCCAUGUUCCUUGCUGGUGGAUUCUCUCGCCUUGCCAUCAAUGCCAAGGCUGAUGGUAACGUGGGUUCGGCUUCGUCGUAUGGUGCGGCGGCUGCGUCGAUGAUCUUUAUCUUUACAUCGACCUUUGGUGCUACUUGGUUGACUGUGCCAUGGCUGUACCCGGCCGAGAUUUUCCCGCUGGCGGUGCGUGCGCGAGGCAAUGCCUGGGGAGUUGUCGGCUGGAGUAUCGGAAACGGAUGGCUGACUCUUCUGUGCCCGGUCAUGUUCAGCUCCAUCGGCGAAAAGACCCUGUAUAUCUUCGCGGCCAGCAACGUGAUUACCAUCCCCAUGGUGUGGGCUCUGUACCCCGAGAGCAACCAGCGCACCCUGGAGGACAUGGAUCUACUCUUCGCCGCCAAGACGCCUUGGGCCUGGGACGCGGAGAAGACUUUUGCUCGUCUCAAGGAGGAGAACCCUGGUAUGAUGGACAUUGCUAGCCGCAAGAACAGUGUCUUGGACCCUGAGACUGGUAACGUAAUUCCUGUGGAUGCGGUGACGGCGGCUAAGCUUGAUAAUGCUGCUGCUGAGCAUCACACGCUCACUCCCCCAAAAGACACAACCAAAACCCAAGCCCAGUUCCAAAUCCACCUCCACCUCCAUCUCCAACACACCAACUCUCCAAAAACACCUCCACCGCAUCUCCCUCCACCCAACCUUAACCCCCUACCGCCGCCGCGUCUACCGCGCCCUCCUCUCCGUUCCCCGGGCCGCUGGACCACCUACUCCGCACUAGCAACCUAUCUCAACUCCAGCGCGCGGGCCGUCGGCAACGCGAUGCGCACGAACCCGUUCGCGCCCGAGGUCCCGUGUCACCGCGUGCUGGCAGCGGAUGGCUCGUUGGGUGGGUAUAAGGGGGAGUGGAGGGUCAGCAAGCAUGUUGCUGGGGGCGGGUUUCGAGAGGAGAAGAAGGUGAGGUUGUUGGAGGAGGGGGUUGGGUUUGAUGAGGCAGGGAAAGCGGUGGGAGUCUGUUUUAGGGAGUUUAGGGAUUUGGGAGCUGUCAAAGAGGGUUGA